AUGGCACUGCGCAUCCUUCGUAAAGUGGCCAGCGACAUCAAUACAAACGAGUUUUACACGAUCAUGGCUGACGAGACAACAGACAAGGCCAACCGAGAACAAGUGGUGUUAGUCUUCAGACACGUGGACAUGGACUUUAUUGUGCACGAGGACUUUGUUGGGCUUCACCAAGUCAUAGAAGACACUCUUCUAAGAAUGAUGCUAUCCUUGAGCCAGUGCAGAUGGCAGUGUUAUGACGGGGCCAGCAACAUGACCGGAGCGAGGCGUGGUGUGGCGACCAACAUCUUAGCCAAGGAGGAGCGAGCUGUGUUCACGCACCGCUACGGACAUGCGCUCAAUCUGGCUGUUGGGGACUGUACCCUGAAGGAGGAGAUCAGCCCCGAUACCCCUGGGUUCCGCGUACUGUGUCCCACGAGAUACUUUGUGGGACACCUGCUACGAGCAGACCAACGACUCGGAGAUCCGUUCCAGGAUAGUAGGCGUGCGGUCCAGAUGGAGAGCUUCGACCUCUUCUUUGGUGUCCACCUGGGUCACAUCAUCCUGCGACAUACAGACAACUCGAGCCGCACCCUACAACAGAAGGACAUGUCCGCAUCAGAGAGUCAGGCAGUUGCUUCAAUGACGGUGGAAACAUUGACCAGAAAGCGCUCCGACGAUGCCUUCGACAAGUUUUGGGUUGACGUCAACAGUAAGCUCGAUGACGUCGACGUAGGAGAGCCAGUGGUUCCCAGGCGACGCAAGGUGCCGAAACGCUAUGACGUUAGGACCGGGGCCCACGAGUAUCCAGCCACAGCACGUGAUCGGUACCGCCAGGUCUACUUUGAAGCAUUCGAUUGGGUGAUCGCGUGUAUCAAGGACAGAUUCGCUGAGCCAGGUUUCAAGACCUACAGAUCCCUCCAAGACCUUCUGGUGUGCUGCGCCCGUGGUGGUAACUACGCCACUAAUCUGCGGAGCGUGUUGGACUUCUACAGUGACGACUUCAACGAGGAUGCGCUCACCACUCAGCUUGAGACGUACCAGGUCGCCGUACGGGACAAGGAUGUCAAGACCAUCACGGACAUUGUCACGUUCUUCCGCGACUUGCCUCCUGAGUCUCGCCUCUUUUUCUUGGAGGUGAUGCGCGUCCUCCGCCACGUCAUGGUAAUGCCCGCCACUAACGCCACCAGCGAGAGGUCCUUCUCCGCCCUGAGACGCCUUAAAACGUACCUCCGGACGUCUAUGAAACAGGAGAGACUCACCAACCUCAUGACGCUCCACGUGCACAGGUGUGCUAACGCAGCAAUGGACUUGUUAGAUGUUGCCAAUGAGUUCGUCAGUUUGAACGACUCACGGUUAACUAUCUUCGGGAAGUUUUCAUAG